AUGGACGUGAUUGUGACCGACGCCGAGAACCUGCCGGACAAGACCUACGUGUCGAUCCGGAUCGGAGACACGCGCAGACAGGGCCCCUACCGAAAGGACGAUGCCUUCCACUUCCAGAAGUCAGAAGCCGCCACGCUCAAACUGGACUUGUUCCAGCACAUCGGGGGGAAGACCGUCUCCAUGUAAUAAUUAAAUUAUGUUCGAUCUGAUUUAUUUUGAGAAAUCUGAACUUUGAGAUGCUGUUUCGUUAUCGUUUCGAAUUUUCACGAUAUUAGACAUCCCUUUCAAAUGUUAAAACUGAAAUCAACUCAGGUACUCGAUGAAGAACGACGAUGCUUAUGUGGAGCAGAUUGACAUGGGCAACGAGAUGAAGGUGUCCUGCCGCUGCGAGUUCCCGGGUGCGGACGUGGGUGCGGAACGCGCGAAGGCGCGCGAGGCCCGCCACGAGGUGACCCUGCAGGCCACAAAGUACCUGGAGAACAGCGGCGUGCAGCCGGUGCUGCAGAACAUGAUCCGUAGCCUGCUGGAGAGACAGCCGGAGAACGCCCUGGACUUUAUGGUCGAGCAUUUGCAGGACCAGCAGCUCACAAACCGAGCCAGCAAGGACGUUCCGGUCGAGGAGUCCCCGGCCAGUGCGGACGCUCCUCCCGCUGCCGCUCCGGAGGGCGAAGCUGCUGCAGCGCCGGCCGUUGCGGAGGGCGAAGCCGCCCCUGCUGCUGCCGAGGGUGAGGCGGCUCCGGCUGCCGCGGAAGGCGAAGCUGCUGCUCCGGCUGCGGCCGAGGGCGAGGCCGCGCCGGCCGCUGCUGAAGGUGAGGCUGCUGCCCCGGCCGCUGCGGAAGGCGAGGCUGCGCCGGCUGCCGCCGAAGGUGAAGCUGCUGCUCCGGCCGCUGCGGAAGGUGAGGCUGCGCCGGCUGCCGCCGAAGGUGAGGCUGCUCCCGCCGCUGCGGAGGAAGAAGCCGCUCCGGCUGCCGCGGAGGGUGAGGCUGCCGCAACCGAAGAAGCCGCUCCGGCCGCCACGGAGGAGGCUGCCGCCGCCGAAGAAGCUCCUGCUGCUACCGAGGAAGCUGCGGCCGCUCCAACCGAGGAGGCUGCUCCAGCGGCUAAGGAGGCGCCGGCUGCGUAAGGCAGUUUGGGUGGAACACGGAGGUUUUGAAAUUGUAAAUGAAGGGAAUCAACGUUUUUUACACCUGGUUUUGGUAUGGAUGAACAAUUUUUUAUUGUUAGGUGAACUUUGUUUUGCUCAGACGCUCUCUCAUGUUCUGGUUCUCGCGCGCAUCCCACGCUUUUUCUGGAAAUCCCAUGAAACUCUUUGCAGAGCAUUUUUCUAUAUUCAAGUGAAUGCGAACAAUUUUAGCAUCCUGCUACCGUCGUGCUUUCACUCAAUCACCCUCUCUGGUAGUUAUCCACUCCAUUUAUUUUUCGAUUUUUGAUUUUUUUACAUAAUUUUCACACUAAUUGUCAUUUUCAAUUUUUCACAUUUUCCAGUAUACUUGCAAUUCUCUCGCACAUACUCCCAUAACAGUAUCAGUACAUCUUCAGCUUCUGCGCAACUGCGCACACUUCUACCAUAAUUAGUUGAUUACUUCGCCUCAUUUAAAAAUCGGAGUUCGUGAAUUCGUACUAGAUUAGUCCUCGCAAGAAAAUUUGCGGUAGCGGAGCAGCACCACCGCAUAAAUAGGGAACACGAAGACGACAAAGGGGAAUGUGGUGUAGCCGUGCAUAUAAUUCUGUAUCGUUUUCCACGCCCCGCUCUAGUAGAAGAAUAGCCAACUCUUUCUCAAAAAAUUCCAAGCCUCCUGAGACUGCGCUGCGCGACUAACUAUUUCCACUUCAUCCUCCCCUACCUGUUAAGCUGGAGCUGUAUAGUCUACGCCGAGUUCUGCUUCUGCAUGAGGAGAAAUCCGUAGUGCGAAAGCAACAUGAAGACAGCUCUGGCCUCUCUACAAUACGAUCUCAUUCGGGGACGACAGAGAGGAAACCGCUAGCGACUUAUGUCGUCGCGAUGUUGGAUUUGGAACAGAUUUUAACGCAGUGUCAUAUCAGUGUGAUGGAGAAAUUAUCAUGGCGGGAAGAGAUGCUAUCAGGCAC